AUGGAGACGAGGCCCCCGCGCAGGACGUACGGGAAGCGCAACACCGCGCCGGCCGCGCCGUCGUCGUUCGACUCGCCACCCAAGGCAGGCCCGGGGCCAUCCAGCCUCCUUCCUCGCACGCCGCCGCCGUCGUCGCCCCUCGGCGCGCGUGCAUCCAGCUCGAGGAAACGCGUCCGCGAUUCAUCACCAUCACCAAAUACCCUCUCCAUGCCCCCAUCACCACCUCCAUCCAGCCCGACGCGCACGGCGCCCCUCGCGCGCUUAGACACGAAUCGGCAGUCGACCCUCCUCGGCUUCUUUGGGCCAGUGCCCAAGAAGCGCCGUGAUGCAGCUUCCGCAGCAGCUCCGAGUGCACCCGCGCCGACCAAGCUCACGCAGCUCCACUUCGCCGCAGGCCUGCGCACAUGCACCGACUGCGCCAUGUCGUACGUGCGCGGCGGCGACGACGAGGCGGUGCACGCGCGGCACCACGCGCGCGUGACGGCCGGCAUCCCCUGGGACGGGCGCGGCCGAUCCAAGGUCGUGCGGGACCGCGUCGCGUUUGCAGGCGGGACACUGCGCGUGAUCGAGGUCGACGCGUCGGUUGCCGGCGUGCGCGUCGACGACAUCCUCGCAACGGUCGACACGGUGCUCUCUGCCCCAGCACUGCCCCCAGCCAUCCGCGAGCGCUGUAAGCUGUUCCUUGCCGUCACGGCGUCUCCCGCACCAGUCAAGCAGGGCGCCAAACGAGCCCGCCCAAUAGCCCCGCCGGGGAAGAACCGUGAGCGCGUCGUCGGCGUGGUCGUCGCCCAGCCGAUCAAGUGGGCGAUGCGCGUCCUUCGAGAUGGCGAGGAAGGCGAAGGUGUUGUCGACAGUGGUGGUGGAGUCAUGUGCGAUCCUCAACGACUACCGACCCCACUCGGUAUCCACCGCCUGUUCACCGUCCCCGCCUUCCGUGGUCACGGUCUCGCCCAGCUCCUCCUCGACGCCGCCGCCGCCAACACCGUUUACGGGUGUACCUUUGACCCACGAGCCGGCGAGGUCGCCUUCUCCCAACCGACAGAGAGCGGCCGCAAGACGAUGGGCAAGUGGGGUGGCGGAGCCGUCCGCGUCUUUGUCGACGACGAGAGCCAACUUUGA